AUGUCAUCCUUGCAUGCAUCUGUAAAAGACGAAGUCGUGGUAAAUGUGAUCAAACUUCCUCACAAGGUACGAAAUAUUGACGUCCGAUUCAUAAAGAUUCGAGUUUUAGGAAGAUGAUGAUGGGCACUCUGCCUGGCAAGAGAAGAACUCACAGUACUCCAAAGAAGUCGCGCAGAAAAUGGGCAACGCGGCUCAAAUCAUGUUUUCGCUCUCUGAAGAUUACAGUGUUUGUUUUUCUUCAGUCUAAAUGAUUUAAACUGUAAUUUCCAGGUUCCUCUACAUGAUCGGUUUAAUCUUGUGCGACUGGGGUAUGAAAUGAAAAUAAUUAAUAAAAAACGCCAGAAACCUGAUUACAAAGUUGAAGUUAUUCCGUAAGUUUGUCGAUUGGGAAACUGAUUUAAAGAAAAGCUAUCUUAUCUUGUAAACAUGAAAGGAAAAUUAGGAAAAAUAAAUAAAAACCGGUAACUCAUUGAUUUUUGCUUCAAAUUAAAAUAUCUUUUAAAUUUCGCAUCAAAAUAUAAGACUUUCUUUUGAAAUUUCGUGUUUUGGAACGCCGUUCUUAGUUGUUCAUCUGUAAAAAGAUUCUAUUUGAUGAUAUCAAAACAUUGGCAGAAGUGCUUCACAAAUUUAUCCGCCUCCAAGUUCUACAACGCCGCAUUCAGCCUUCUCGGAAUUCGGCGUCCACAAAGCCAUGGUGAGACCAACUAGAACAUCGCCAACGACUAUUUGGAGAGCUCUUUUAUCGCUCUUUCCAUUCAUUAUUUAAUUCAUUAUUGAUUUUUCUUUAUUUCGCAUUCAAAAAAUAGUGGAAUAGAAAAGAGCGAAAGAGCGGUGACUGAGCUUUUUGAAUAGUCGGUGGCACUUGAAUUGAACUCGUGCCAAGAAACGCGUACGCACACGCUACGCGUCCCGCCCUCUUCUCCGUCUCCCUUGCCUUUUAAGUCGGGAGGGAUUGACUAUAAUUGCUCCAAUAUUCUCAGUUUUUGAUUUUCUUUCUCGUUUAAUUCAAUUGAACUUUCAUUAAAUCAUGAAUCGUGCCUAAUUUCAAAGACGCAACCGAAAGAUGAUUUUGUAGAGAAAAUCCUUCACUUUUUUUGAGACGUUUUUUCUACAUGACCAAAGGCGACUAACGAUUAACACAUUUCAGUUUUUUUCCUUUCCAUAAUUCCAAUCUCUAUAAUUUUUACAAGUUUCAUCAAUACGAUUCAUUUGAUUUCCAGUCGCCAUUGAGUCGCGGUGUCGUCCGAAGCGUGAACAAAAAUGGUUCCCCGACUGCGAAUUCUGGGAAUUCUCCCACUCCUUUUGAUCCGAUGACGUGUUCUCCUGAUUUGUAAGAAUUCUUAUAUCUAUUUGACAAAUGAAACUUUGAAAAAAACUUUUUUGCUUUUUUUUUCUCUAGAUUCUUGGCUUUCAAAAAGGUUUCAAAUUUUUUUGAUUAUCUGAGUACGCAAAAAGUUAAAUAACAAUAAUUAUUAUUAAAUUCCUUAUAACUAAUCUUCUUUUCUUAUAUUUUCAUGUUUUUCAGUUCUCGCUUUGGAGCUAAGUUUUCGGCCAAGGAUCGUUAUUCUUUCGGUGGGUCUAUCUUAUUUUCAUUUUUUUAUUGAUAGCUCGAAAAUUUCUUUUUUCUAUAGACUCGGCAGUCGAUGAGAAAGCUUAAAGUUAUAUUAAUUUUGAAAUUUUUAUCACAAAAAAUGAGAAAAAAUACUGAAUAGCCACCGAUCUGUGGAGAGUUUUUUUCAACGAAUGAACAAGUAAAAAAAGUAAAAUGAAGAAAAAUUUAAAGCUGAAAAAAACCAAAAGCGAUCCUGAAAUGAAAAGGUUCAUACCUUUUUCCGAAAAAAAGGACAAUUAAAACGUAUUUUUCUCUGAUUUUUCUAUUUCGACUAUUUUUUUAUGAAAAGAAAUGGCCUAGAAAAAAAAUAAGCAAAAAAAUUGAAGAAACUAAUUUAUUGACUCAAAAGUUUUUAGAAAAUGAGGCUUCGCACUAGAAAUUCAGGUUCUGUGACUUUAUUCUUGAACAUUACCACUGAAUCACCUCGUUAGUUUUUUUUUUUUGAACAUCAGCUUUUCAGGAGCCGUUGAGAAGAAAUACACGAAAAAAGUUUCGGGGGACAUUUUCGAUGACGCAGUUGCGCCGGACAUCGUCUGA